GUUAGUUUCUUCAUUUAUGGUUUAAAUAAAUACUGGGGUUUCCAUUAAGUUGAGAAAAAACAUACUCCACUAACAACUUGGGCUGUUGGACAUUUUUCCCCUUUUCUUGGUCUGAAUCUUGGGUAUCACUAAGCUUAGUUAAGAAAAAAGAUUAUUUUUUUAAAAAAAAAAGCAUAUAGUAUAUGGGUAGUGAGAUAGAAUAUCUAUUUACACAGAUCCCUAUGGCUAUAUGGAAUGCAGAGGUGCUAUCCAACAUUGCUUGCUGAAACUCAUUCUCUUUGUUUAGUUUAAAAGGUCCAGUUUUUGUUCUCUUUUUAAGAGUAAGAAAGAAAAGAAAAGAAAAAAAAAAGAAUGAGAAACUACAACAAAGAGAGUUUUGGGCUCUUUUCCUCACCUAGAUUGAAGUGAAGUGAAGACUUCUUUUCCUCUUUUACUUGUGUGAGUGGAGCAAAAAUAUUUUCUUGGGGUUCAUAAGUUCUUGCUGAAUCUUGAAAUUUUAAAGAAAGAAUAUAACUUUACAACUUACAAGAAGAUGAAGUCCAUGAAUGAUGAUAGCAGAAGCAGCAACAACAACAGCAGCAGUAAUAAUAGUUGUAAUAAUAAUCAUAACAGUGCAGCAGCUAAUAGUAACUGGUUGGGUUUUUCUCUCUCACCCCACAUGAAAAUGGAGGUUACUAAUUCUUCUGAAACUCAACAUCAACAUCAAUUUGCUCAAAGUUUCUAUCUUUCAUCUUCUCCUCCUCCUCCUAUGAAUGUGUCAACAACCUCUGCUCUCUGUUAUGAAAAUAAUCCCUUUCAUUCUUCCUUAUCUGUCAUGCCACUAAAAUCUGAUGGUUCUCUUUGCAUAAUGGAAGCUCUAUCAAGAUCUCAUGCUGAUGCUAUGGUGCAAAGCUCUUCACCUAAGCUUGAGGACUUUUUAGGUGGUGCAACUAUGGGGACAAGUCAAUAUGGAAGUCAUGAUAGGGAGGCUAUGGCUUUAAGCUUAGACAGCUUAUAUUAUCACCAAAAUGAUGAAGAGAUUCAAGUUCAUAGUCACCAUCCUUACUAUUCUCCCAUGCAUUGUCAUAGCAUGUAUAACCAAGAAUCACUGUUGGAAGAAACAAAACCAACUCAUAUUUCAAACUGUGAUGCACAAAUCACUGGAAAUGAGCUGAAAAGUUGGGGCCACUAUGCAGAACAACAUGCUAUUGACCAACACAUAAAUGCUACCUGCAGCAUGGUUGCUGCUGCAGCAGCAGCAGCUGGUGUUGGUGGUACUUCUGGUUCUGGUGGUGGUACCGUUGGUUGUAAUGAUUUGCAGUCUUUAAGCUUGUCUAUGAAUCCUGGUUCUCAGUCCAGCUGUGUCACUCCAAGACAAAUUUCUCCUACUGGGCUGGAAUGUGUAGCUGUAGAAUCAAAGAAGAGGGCUUCUGGUAAAGUUUCUCAAAAACAACCUGUCCACAGGAAAUCCAUUGACACAUUUGGUCAGAGAACUUCUCAGUAUAGAGGUGUUACUAGACAUAGGUGGACAGGUAGGUAUGAGGCACAUUUGUGGGAUAAUAGUUGCAAGAAGGAAGGGCAGACCAGGAAAGGGAGACAAGUUUAUCUUGGUGGCUAUGAUAUGGAAGAAAAAGCUGCAAGAGCAUAUGAUCAAGCUGCACUAAAAUACUGGGGUCCUUCAACUCACAUUAAUUUUCCAUUAGAAAACUAUCAGAAAGAACUAGAUGAAAUGAAGAAUAUGACCAGGCAAGAAUACGUUGCACACUUGAGAAGGAAAAGUAGUGGAUUCUCAAGAGGGGCUUCAAUUUACAGAGGAGUGACAAGGCACCAUCAACAUGGAAGAUGGCAGGCUAGAAUUGGGAGAGUUGCAGGGAACAAAGAUCUUUAUCUUGGCACUUUUAGCACACAAGAAGAAGCUGCAGAAGCUUAUGAUGUUGCUGCAAUCAAAUUCAGGGGUGUAAAUGCUGUUACAAACUUUGACAUAUCGCGAUAUGACGUUGAAAAAAUCAUGGCUAGUAAUACUCUACCUGCUGGUGAAUUAGCUAGGAGAACCAAAGAAAGAGAGCCAAGAGAGUCAAUUGAAUACAACAACAACAUAAGUGGUGGUGGUGGUCAGAAGAAUGAGGAAUGUGUUCAAAAUGACAACAAUGGGAAUAUCACAGAUUGGAAAAUGAUGUUGUAUCAAACAUCUAAUCCUUCUCUAGGAUCGAAUUAUCGAAGCCCCACAUCAUUCUCCAUGGCAUUACAAGAUUUGAUUGGCAUAGAUUCAAUGAAUAAUUCAAGUAAUCAUGCCACAAUUCUUGAUCAUGAUCAACAGAACAAGAUUGGUAACCACUUUUCAAAUGCUUCAUCUUUGGUAACAAGUCUUGGUAGUUCAAGAGAAGCAAGUCCUGAUAAAAGUGCUACUGCCUCAUUAGUCUUUGCAAAGCCUACAAAAUUCGUCGUCCCCUCGGUUGCUAGUACUGUCAACGCUUGUAUUCCCUCAGCUCAAUUGAGGCCAAUUCCAGUCUCCAUGGCUCACCUUCCAGUGUUUGCAGCUUUGAAUGAUGCAUGAGAAAAAAUGCAACUAUUGCUUUUUUGGUUACAUGUUGUAACUUGCCUUUUUUUUUUUGCAUGAACAAGAAAAAGAAAACAAAUUGGUAGUGGUUGGUUGAAAAAAGGUGAAAAGGAAAAGAAAACAAAGGAAGAUGUCGGAUUUUAGUAAGUAUUUUUAUAUUUUUUUUCCUAAUUUUGAAUGUAAGUGGAUGACUUUAGGGUACUAAUGGACAGACUAGGUGGGGGGACCAGGUUACCUGUCUGUAACUAUGUAUUGGAAACUUUUUCAAACUCGAAAAAAAAAAAACUCUUCUAAGCA